AUGGCAGGCAGUGACAGUGACAAGAUGCCUGCGGGCACUGAUGAAGCCUAUCGUGUCCAGACAGAGCUCAGCACCAACGCCAUGGACGAAAAGGCCAUGUCUGGCGGUGACGGGAUUAGCAAGGGUGACCGUGACGCCCUGAACGCCGAGAUCCUGAACGAGUACUCUCCGAAGGAGCAGCAGCGCAUCAUGCGGCACAUCGACCGCCGUCUCGUUGUGGUGAUUGGCUUCAUGUACUGCGUGUCGCUCAUGGACCGCACGAACCUCGGCGCCGCCAACAUUGCAGGCAUGGAAACCGACUUGGGCCUCAAAAUUGGCACUCGGUACUCGAUCAUCACGCUCGUCUUCUUUAUUCCCUACAUCCUGCUACAGCCGCCCUCGACGGUCAUUGUCCGCCGCAUCGGGCCCCGGAUCCACCUUUCCCUCAUCACGUUCCUGUGGGGCUGUGUCAUGAUCGGUAUGGGCUUUGUAAAGUCGUGGGGUGUCAUGGCAGGCCUGCGCGUCAUACUUGGCAUCCUCGAGGCGGGCUUCUUCCCCAGCUGCGUGUAUCUGCUCAGUACGUGGUACACCCGCUACGAGGUCGGCAAGCGAAACGCGCUGUUUUAUCUCCUCGGCUGCGUCGCGUCUGCGUUUGCAGGCGCCCUCGCCGCUGGCAUCAUGCAGAUGGCCGGCAUCUCGAACCUGAACGGCUGGCAGUGGAUCUUUAUCAUCCAGGGACUGAUCACGGUCGCCAUUGCCAUUGUUGGUUUCUGGCUUCUGGUGGACUUCCCCGAUUCGAAGCGCAAAACGUGGUCUUUCCUGGGCGAGCGCGAGCGCUCCUGGGUGAUGGCCCGUGUCCAUGCCGACCGUGGCGAUGUCACCCUGCCGCCGUUUCAUCUUAAAGAGUACCUCAAGUGCGGCCUCGACUGGAAGCUCUGGGCCUACGGCAUGAUGUUCUUCAACACCACCACAGUGUCCUACGCGCUUGCGUACUUCUUGCCCAUCAUCUUGGUCGGCAGCAUGGGCUUCUCCGUUGUCGAAGCCCAGUGCCUGGUUGCGCCGCCCUAUGUCUUUGCCGGCAUCGUAAUGAUCGCCUCGAGCUGGAUCGGCGACCGCUACCGCAUCCGUGGCCCGCUUGUCGCCUUCAAUGCCCUGCUGUGCCUGAUUGGCCUGCCCAUCGUCGGAUUCCAUCACAAUGCCGGUGUGCGCUACUUUGGCGUGUUUUUGCUGACGGCCGGCGCCAAUGCCAACGUGCCGACGGUCAUGUCGUACCAGGCCAACAACAUUCGCGGCCAGUGGAAGCGGGCGUUUGCGAGUGCGCUGUUUGUCGGCUUCGGCGGUGUCGGCGGCAUCUGCGGUAGUCUGGUCUUCCGCUCCCAGGACAGCCCCAAAUACCUGCCCGGCAUUUACGCUUGCAUUGCGGUGUCGCUGUUGACUUUGAUUUUGGUGGCCAUAGUGAGCAUCAGCUCCUACCGCAAGAACAAAAAGGCCGACCGAGGUGAGAUUGAGCUGGAGGCCCAUGAGGAGGACUACCAGCCUGGGUUCCGCUACACAUACUGA